AUAUUCUUGAAGAAUAUUCUUGAAAUGUUCGUAGGAGUGUCUUGUGCCAUCCGGGUAUUGGCUUGCAUGCUGAUUCUUCAAAUGCUUUUCCGUAUUACAAAAAGAGAAAUUGCAAAUGGAAUUCCAUUCUGAUUUUAAAUGGGAAUUAUAGAGCGUUUAACUUCAACUGAGUUCACUCUUUGUCUCUUUCCAAGGGGAACAGAAAGAGACGAAGAAUGAAUUAAGCUACAGUUAAAAAUUACGUGAUGUUGGUGUACAACCGCGGGGGGCCUUAGACUUCAAUCGUUGAAAUUAUUAAAUUAAGACCAGCGAAUCCCCAUACAGCACAAAACUUGCAGUUAUUGCAGCAAUACAUUGCAGCUACAUUACAGCAAUGUUGCAAUAUUGUAGCAAUGUUAUUGCAAUGUAACUGCAAGUUUUGCGCUGUACGGGUCGUUACAUCCCUUUCCUCGCAUUGUACAAAGUAUUUUGAAUCUCUUCAUUUAAUCGCGUAGGACUAUGCAACUGAACAAAAUGAUGCUCUUUGACUUCACGGACGUGCAAAGCGUGGACGAUUGGCGCGAGGUGUCCGACACCGUGAGAACAGUGGGAAAAUCCAAAGCCGCCCUGGCGCUGCAAACGAGCCAGCUCUUCCAGAGAGCGAUCCUCUUUACAUUGUUGAAUCCGCAGUCAAACGGCGCCUGCUUCGCCGGCGUCAGAAAACUGACGAAUCUCGAUCUGUCGGGAUUCAAGAGUAUCGAGAUCGCUUGCCGGGGCCAGGGGCAAAACAGCCACUAUAAGAUCUCCUUGAGACAUCGAGGAGAAAAUUCCAACAGGGACCUCAGCUAUGAACAAUUCUUCACGGUGACGAUGUCGGACGACAAAUUUUAUACUGUGACUCUACCUCUGGAAGACUUCAAGCCUUAUUAUCGUGGACGUGAGAUUCCGAACGGCGAGCCUCUGGACACGGCGAAUAUUACUAUGUUUGAAUUUCAAAUCUACGGUGGCGUUUACCUGUCCAUCAAGCAACGUGGUGUAUCUGCAUUAGAGAUAGAAACUGUAGUAGUUUCCCCUUAAUAACUAUUUUGGUCUUUUAAGUCAUAAUGGAAAAACGAAGCGUUCCCUAAAGAACAUUUCUUUAUUACGUCAUGCAUCAAUGGCACGAAUGCAUCAAGUCUUGAGCACAUAAAUUUUUUGUAGUAUAUACUUCAUCAAACAUCUCAUUGUCUGUAGACGAGAGCAAAUAGAAUGGAAAUGUUAUAAAAAUAAUAAAUGGCACUAUACAACAUUUGUACAUCAAA